UGAAAGAGACCACAAACAAAGAACGGAGACAGGGAAAGAACACAGGGAGGAGGGAGCGAGAUAAAGAGAGACAGAGUGACGCGGGGCAGACAAGAGGAACGGGGCUGCAGCUGGAAAGAGUGACAGCUCAAGAUCAAGAGGCUGAUCGAGGGAGAGUGAAGGAGGAGCCCACUAAGGAGGGAGGGAGGGAGGAGGAGGAGUCUUGAACAAGACUAAGAUUUUUUUUAAAUCGCUUUGGAGAGAGAAAGGUCUACAAACAGAACCCGUCCAAACACAGCCAUUACACUGGAGCAGCGUGCUGAGCCCAAGGAAUAUGGAUUGAAGUCAAGACAAGUUGGAAAUCUAUCUGGGAACAGGACACCCUAAUUAAACCGACAACCAAAGGAACCACUGCUGUAGCGAAGAGAGGGAGAGAAAGACAGACAGUGAGAGGGAGCAAGAGAAGUGAGAGUACAGGGCAGUGAACGAGUAAGGGAAAAAGAGUGGCUAGACAGAGGAAGGCAAAAGAAGAGAAUUAAUACCACCCACUGUGCCAAUACCACACACAGAGUAAAAUUGUUACGCACAUACACACAUUCAAAGACAGAAAUCCUGCCUGUGCCACACACACAGUAUUUAUGUCUCACACGUUGGCUAUACCACACACACCGAAUUUCUCAAACAGGUUUGCAUGCAACAUAUGCAGUUUGUAUUCGACACGCUGAAAUCAAAGCGUUUAUAUCAACAGAAACGGAGAGAAACGAAGAAGAUAAAGAGGCAUGGAGAGACAUUAGAGCGUCAUGUGGGUUGGUAUUACUACGCACAGAGUGACAUAGACAGACAAAACGCAACACAGUGGCAUCACGGGGCCUCCACGAGAGCAGGAACUCUUCGAAAACUAACCUGAGGAACUAUACUGCCAACUUAACCCCGAACAAUAAUUACCACAGAACUGAAGGCCGGUGAUUCUUCUACACUUCGACUACAAUCCUACUACCAUUYACCAGCAGCAAAGCAGAGCAACUGUAUUGAGGAUCUAUCACCUCCGUAGGAUGGGUGCCUAAGACAGGCGAGCUGAAGAGCUGUGUCCCUGGAAGGAGCACCACCAGCCCUCCAGCCCCUCCCCACCAUGCUGCCCCAGACGGCCCAGGGCAGGGGCACCUUAAGCAGGGUACGAGGGCUCCUGCUGCUGCCCCUCCUAAUGGUGCUGCUGGUGACUGUAUMUGCUGCACAGAGCGAGAAGAGUCAGGAGAACCAGGGAGAGAAUAACACUGGCAGUACGGAGGGCCCGGAGACUGUCUCCUCAGAUGUGGCCAUCGUCAGUCCUCGUAACUCCUGGCUCGUCUUCAGACACAACUCCAACAAAGGAGAGAACAAGAAGACCAAGCCCCUAAAGAGGGCAUCUAAGCAUGGUCUACCGGGCCCCCCCGGACCACCAGGCCCUCAAGGGCCACCCGGCCCCCCCGCCCCCCUGUUACCUCAGCAGGAAGAGCUGAUGCAGGAGUUCCAGCUACGACUGAGAGAGAUGGCUGGUGGACCCUGUCUGCUCUGUGAGCGACCUCCCCGUGUGGCCACCGCCUUCCACUGCCGCCUGCACCACCCCCUCACCGUGCCACGCCGCAGUCUGCUAGAGCUGCAGCCAUUCAGCAGUGUCUCGGACACUGAGCAGAGCCUCCAGAGGGGCCAGGGCUUCAACUCUAGCAGUGGCCGCUACACGGCUCCCGUCUCCGGGUUCUACCAACUCACCGCCAGCCUUCUCAUAGAGAUGGCUGGUGGACCCUGUCUGCUCUGUGAGCGACCUCCCCGUGUGGCCACCGCCUUCCACUGCCGCCUGCACCACCCCCUCACCGUGCCACGCCGCAGUCUGCUAGAGCUGCAGCCAUUCAGCAGUGUCUCGGACACUGAGCAGAGCCUCCAGAGGGGCCAGGGCUUCAACUCUAGCAGUGGCCGCUACACGGCUCCCGUCUCCGGGUUCUACCAACUCACCGCCAGCCUUCUCAUAGAUAGUGUGAAGGCUUCCAUCUGCAUUGAGUCCCUAUGCCAGAGCAAUGUGUCUCUGGAUUCGGUGACAGGGUGGGUAGUUCAGGAGUCUUCAGCAUCUUACUGACAGGAACCCUUUACAUACAGGCGGGGGAGUAUGUGUCCAUUUUCGUCGACAACGGAACAGGCUCAGCGCUCACAGUCCUCCAGGAUACUUUGUUUUCCGGAUACUCCUGGGAGUGUGAACACAGUAAAACAAAUGAACACACACAUACGUAAGCAGAUACACACACACACACACACACACACACACA